GACAAAGGAUGCAUUAUUUUCGCUAUUGGAAUUGGCAGCUUGAUUAACAUAGCUGAAUUAGCAGCCGUGUCAACCAAUAACAGCCUUAUACUCAUUGAGUCAUUCAAUGACCUGCUCAAAAUACUAAAACAGUUAACUGAAAAUGUGUGCAAUGCUGGGUCACCAACAUAUGCUCCAACUGAUGCCUCAACGGAUGCUCCAACGGAUGCCCCAACGGAUGCCCCAACGGAUGCCCCAACGGAUGCCCCAACUGAUGCCCCAACGGAUGCCCCAACUGAUGCCCCAACGGAUGCCCCAACGGAUGCCCCAACGGAUGCCUCAACGGAUGCCACAACUGAUGCCCCAACUUAUUAUCCAACUGUUGCAACAACUUAG